AUGCAAUAUCAAUCUUUGAUUUUCGUUACUCUUGUUGCAAUCGCUGCUAUCGCUUUUGCCGCCCCUAGUGACCCACACCUUCAUUGUGCCUCCAACAUUGCUGACAUUGGUCCCGAUAUGGACCAUCUACGCAUCGACAUUUCACGCUGGGAACCUCAUGAUAACUAUGAUGGAUUUCAAAAAGUCCAAGAACUUGAGCAAGAGGUCGAGCAGCGUAUCCAAGAAGCAAGAGAGAAUUGCGAUUUUCGAGGAGAGAAAGCAUCCGUCCUUUUAAGCGGCCCCAUCAUGACUUCCUAUCAUUCCCUAGUUCCCAUUAUUGAAAACUUGAUGGAUACUGUAGUCCAAAAGAAGCCUGAAUUUGAUUCCGUGCCAAAGCUUACCCCUGUGGUGACGAAGGACAUCCACGACAUGUUCCUCAAGACCUACUAUUUGGAGCAAGAGCUACUCGCAGCUACACCUGAUAAAGAUAAAGACCGAGCCCAAGACUAUUACAACCGUGUUGAUCAUGCCUUUUCGUCAGCUUACCACGCCUAUGGUCUUUUUCAAGCCGCCUAG